GGAAGAAAUGGCGGACUGUAGAAAGUUGCAUCCUGCUUUGUUAUUGCUUUCUCCGUGGCAUUUUAUCAUAAUAUUACUUGUUUGUCUCUUAACACUGAGAACCGUUGCUGCGGACGUCUUAACUGAGGAUGCUGCGUUCAGUGCCGGCCAGUCAGCAAAUCCCCCGGCUACCGCGGCUGCACGAGACAUACGGUACCUGCUGUAUGACGUGAACCCGCCGGAGGGCUUCAACCUGCGGCGGGACGUGUACAUCCGCAUGGCCUCCUUGGUGAAGACGCUGAGGAAGCACGGCGACUGGGUGCUGGUGCUGCCCCCGUGGGGCCGCCUCUACCACUGGCAGAGCCCGGACAUCCACCAGGUGCGCAUCCCGUGGGGCGAGUUCUUCAGCCUGACCAGCCUGCAGGCCAACGUGCCCGUCAUCGAGUAUGAGGAGUUCAUCGCAGAGUCGGGGGGCCCCUUUGUGGAGCAGGUCCUGGUGCUGCAGAACUACGCGGAGGGUUGGACGGAUGGGCAGUGGGAGGAGAAGGUGGACGAGCGGCCUUGCAUUGAGCGGCUCAUGUACUCCAAAGACAAGCAGGGCUACUACAGGGGCUGGUUCUGGGGGUAUGAGGAGACGCGCGGCCUGAACGUAACCUGUCUGUCAGCCCAGGGCCACGCCUCCAUCCUGGCCCCGCUCUUGCUGCACAACUACACAGCUACGUCAGUGAUGCUGGACAGAGCAGAGACUGUGCUUCAUGACCACUACGCCGGAAAAGAUUAUUGGGAUACUCGACGCAGCAUGGUCUUUGCCAAACACCUGCGCAUCAUCGGGGACGAGUUCCGAGCCAAGUACCUGAACUCCACUGACGAGAACGACCGGACCGUCUACAGCGAGGACUGGACCCGCAUGAAGAACAAGUUGGGCAGUGCGAAGGGUGGCCCGUACCUUGGCGUGCACCUGAGGCGGAAGGACUUUAUAUGGGGACACAGGGAAGACGUACCCAGCCUUAAGGGGGCGGUCAAGAAGAUACGAAACCUGAUGAAGAAGCACAAGCUGGACAAAGUCUUUGUUGCUACGGACGCUAAUGAGGAUGAGUUAGAGGAGCUGAAGAGGAUGCUGCCGGAGAUGGUGCGGUUUGAGCCUACCGGGGAGGACCUGGAGCUGCUGAAAGAUGGGGGCGUGGCCAUUAUCGACCAGUGGAUUUGCGUGCACGCCAGAUACUUCAUUGGCACCUCCUUGUCCACCUUCUCCUUCCGGAUUCACGAAGAGAGGGAGAUCCUGGGUUUCGACCCCAAAACCACCUACAACCGCUUCUGCGGCGACAGUGAGAAGGAAUGUGAACAGCCUACCCACUGGAAAAUCGUCUACUGAUCUUCUGACCCAUCGUCAGUUCUCAAAGUCUGAUGGGAAACAGUGUUAACGUGUAAUUUUCUGAAAUGCACAAGACCUUUUUGGCCUACAACAGAACCUUUUUUUAAUAUAAACAAGUAUAUUUGUAUUUAAAUUGUAAAAAGGAAAAUGCAGUCAUUACAGCUGCUGUUGAACAUGUGUGUGAUGGUAUGUCUGAUGAAAAAAUUAUUGAAUCAAACCAUUAUACUUUCUGUUUUAAUAUUCAUUUUCUGCCAGAGUCUAAAACUUGAAUACAACA